GAUUGGUUCCAUAGUGUAGCUGGUUAUCACUGCGGAUUCUGAUUCCGCCAACCCGAGUUCGAAUCUCGGUGGAACCUUCCUUUUACUUUUGCUUUCUUUUUGAUCUCGCUAGCAACGGAGCUGAAUCCAUCUACUAUGCGGUAUGCGUGCGUAUUGGUUGCAUAUCAGCAUCCUCUCGUUUUGUUCGGUCUUCCCUAACCCGUGAAAGCUGUACAGCUCCAGGAUUAGGUGCUAAUGGGCUUUCGCAAUAUAUUGUUCAGGACUAGAGCCACGCAUCGGCCACUCCCUGUGGCUUGUGUGGAAACCCCUUGGCACUUACGAGCAAGCUGUGGGAGAAGUAUAUAUGUGUUUUCACUUAAAUGUCGUUAAUAUCAACCAAACAUCACUGCACUCAUACAGACGGGCCAUCGACUAUGACGAAAGCGCUGCAGCGAGGUGUAACGCUUUCACAUACAGACCACCAGAGCCACCCAAGAACAGCACUGAUGGCUGGCAGUCGUCGGCCAGCAGCACUCGCGAGGCAGGACCAGCGUGCAGCGGCACAAGCAAUGGCUAUGAAGGGUAGGUUAGGAAUAGCCACACCAGUUGCCAAAUCACAAGAGCAGAUGAAGGGUCGCCACCCUAUCGAACAAGAGAGCGUUCUGGUGGCAGGCAAAGUCAAGGCACCCCUUCCAAAUGAGCUCAAAGGAGAAAUGAUUCUCACCAGUAAACUGAGCACCAUCGAAUCAUGCCAAGACAACCGGACAGGCAAGGGAAGCUAUGUGCAGCAAAGCAUCGACAGUUCCGAGUUCAUUAAAAGGGAUGCCGAGCUCCAAUGCACCUUGUCGAAGCGUUGGCAAGAGCUCUCCAAUGAAAAAAUGGAGAACAACAUGUACUUCUUAAAGUUUGCAACUAUAAUUGAUCGUCUUUCAGGAAGUGAUGAUUCUUAAUGAAU